AUGGGCAAGAUUUCCUUUGCAAAAUUUAGUAAACUACACUACAGGAAUAAAAGCUUCGACGUUGCCUCGCUGGCUGCGCUUGGGAGCUACAACGAGGGCUUGACGGUGGCCCCGGUGGGCUCCUUCACGAGUGCCGCGCGCCCGCAGGGCCCGCAGCAGCAGCAGGGUCACAGCCAUGUCUCUGUUCGCUGUGGAAAGAAGCAUAAGCUAGAACAAGAGGCAGAAGGUUGUCCUGUGAGGAAGAAGAGACUGACAGGAGCCAAAAAUUGCCCUUUGAAUCCCAACACUGAAGAAUGGAUUCUCUGUGCAGGUCAGCAGGCAGCUGGGGAGGUAGCAAGUCAGUAUGGUGGCAGCGGUCCUGAAACUGCCAUGUUAGAAAUUCCCUGUGAAGAAAUGGAUCAGACAAUGGGGGAACAACAAUGCGAGGUUGCUCGCAGGAAGCUUCAGGAAAUUGAGGACAGGAUAAUUGAUGAAGAUGAGGAAGUUCAUCCUGAUGGAAAUGUUAGCAAUCUGCCCACUCUUAUCCUGUCAGAUACCCUUAAAAAAGGGAUGAAGAGGGAUUUUGGUGAAGUCCUGACAAAGAAAAUAAUAGAGUCUAUGAGCCGUCCUUCUAUGGAGCUGGUGCUUUGGAAACCUCUUCCUGAAUUUCUCACAGAUAAACUGAAGUCCAUCGCUGUUAAGAACUUCAAGCAGCAGAGUACAGAAGGGUGUCAAGCUAAGCAGUCAACACCAAGAGCUGCUUUUGACCCACAGACUGAAACAUUCCCUGAAUCACAACAGACUGCUAUGUCUCCAGAUCCGUAUGCUAGUUUGGGAAUCUCUGGGUGUGUAGAAGAAGAAAUGGAGUUGUAGAUGCCAGAUUUUAGACUGGAAGUGGUGAGCUUCUGGUGGUUUUUGUUGCUGUUUUUCAGUUCCUUCUUCCUUGCUGGUUUGAUGUGUGAAUCUGAAAUUUUUUAUUUUUGUUUUUCCUACUAACAGUCAUAACAAUGUGGAUUUGCCAGACACAACUUAAGGAAACUU